AUGGACUCGAUCGUUCCAGAAUGGUGCCCCUCCAAGGCUUCUAGCGUAUCAGCAGCUGCCUUCGGAGGAGAAGCACAUAAAGAUUGUGGUGAUCAUGAUCAAAAUAUGAAAAUGAAAGAGAGAGUUGUUCGAGGAUCCGAACCACCACCCUUUCCUAAAUCGAGUGCUUGUGGUCUGAUCGAUUUGAAACCUCACAGUGACGAUUCGAUCCGCGGGUCGAAGCUGGAAUUCAAUCUCUUUAGCCCCAUUAAUGUUGGUUCUUCUCAUGCAAUAGAGUCCAUGGAUGAGGCCUCGAAGCAAGGUACCGAGCCUAGGGUUUUCUCAUGCAGCUUUUGCCGGAGAAAGUUCUCCACAUCCCAGGCCCUAGGAGGUCACCAAAACGCACACAAACAGGAGCGUGCACUAGCCAAGAAGCGUGAAGGGUCGGAUGUUGGUGCAACUCCUGGGCAAUUUCCAUACAAUCCCUAUUCAAGCCUUCCAACAAACCAAUAUUAUGGAUCUUUUAAUAGGUUGGUAGGGGUGCGGAUGGAUUCCUUGAUCCACAAGAAACAGCCUUAUCCAUGGAACUCCUUCGGAGGGUAUCGGUAUGGGCAUGGUGGAUGGUCUAGGCAAGUUAUGGUGAGUACACAGCCUUCAGUUGAUAGGCUCAGGGCAGAGAGUUCGAAGGCUUUUAGUGGCGUCCCGUUUGGGAAGUUUUCUUCUUCUCCUUCUUCUUCAAGGUUUGAGGAUCACAAUGGCUUAUUUCGGAACUCUUGUGCUUCUCCCUCAUCAAAUAUUGCCUUCAAUAUACCACCCAGUACUGAUCAUCUCCAGCGACCAAACAGGCCUCCAAAAAGUGACCUUACAGAUGAAUCGGGACUUGAUUUAUCCCUCAAGCUCUAG